AUGGAAAUGUCUCAACACUAUGAUCCAUUAAACUUUGUCAAGGGUGCCACAGUACUACAGCACACGCCAAGAAUGUAUAUUCGAACAUACGAGAAUGCGUGGUUAAGUUUACUUAUGACGCUGAAAGCUCUUAUCAUUACAACGUCGCCAGAGUGCCGAUACCGCCUUCAUUCGCAUCGUACCAAGAUCAUAAUCACGAAAAAAAUAGCCCGUUUAGUAUCAUUUAAUUCCAGUACCCUCCUCCAAGUCGUGGUAGCGUUAAUAGGACUAUCAGAUACGUCGGCUAUGAAGCAGACAUGGGUUUUUGAGAGCGAAAUUCGCUCAAACUUUCUGAUUGAAAGAUUUGGCUUUGGCCCUCAAGGCCAAAUGAAUGUAAGUGUAUCUGCAGUAAAGAUCAAGAGGCCCAACAACGAUGAUGUACACGCUGGGCUACUAUUUGUACAUGAGGAUGAAGUGUGGGAGACCAUUGCAAUUCUCGAUGAUAAUUUUGACAGUGAAGACCUUCAAUAUUAUCCAACUGAUGAUAAAGGAAGCCAGUGCAUGUUGGUGAUGCAACGAGAGAAUCAAUGGAUUAAUCUAUUAGAUUCAGGAACAUGGAAUGUGAGUCGAAGUGUAAACUCUUCGCUGGAUAAGCAACAAGAUGAAGUUCAAGAAAGAUCUUUACGCAUGGGCUUCUAUUACAUUUUUUACGUGCAAUGCACUCCUGGACUCCAAGUAUCGUUUAACAUGAAUGCACAAUUACUGAAUGGAGAAUCAAAUUUUUUAUCCGCGGGUGACGCAUAUUUGCCAUUUGUGUACUUGACAACAAGUUUUCUCUUCUUAGGUGCGACGAUCGGAUGGAUUAAGUGUCUUGUGAAGCAUCGAGCAUUUGUAUUGCGAAUGCAUUGGUUGAUGGCACUUUUGGUGACUGUAAAGACCCUUUUGCUCUUUGCUGAAGCUAUGCGCGUGUACUAUAUGAAAUGUCACGGUGACACACUCACAGCUUGGACUCCAGUGGUUUACACAUUCAUGAGUUUAAAAGGAUUAUUACUGUUUUCAAUUGUCAUGCUCAUUGGCACAGGGUGGACACUUUUAAAGCCGCAUUUGUCUCAAAAAGACAAGUCGAUACUUUCUCUCGUUUUGGGGUUACAGAUUUUGAGUAACAUUGCUCAAAUAUUCGAGUAUGAAACCCCAAUUGGCACACGUGCUUGGAUGAGCUGGCGAGACCUUUUGGUAUUUGCCGAUCUCGCGUGCAGUCUUGCAGUGUUAAUGCCACUUAUAUGGUCUAUUCGUCAACUACGAGUGUCUGCGGCAACUGAUGGAAAUGCAUUUGCUACUCUUCAGAAACUUACGCAAUUUCGAUCGUUUUAUAGCGCCGUCAUUUGCUACAUUUACAUAUCAAGGCUGAUCUAUCAAUUAUUGGACAUGAGUUUACCAUACGAUGCAACGUGGGUUGCUGUGGCAUUUACUGAGCUGGCUGCACUUUGUUUCUUUACCAUUACUGGUUAUCGCUUUCGCCCAUUACCCACUAAUCCGUAUCUUGAAGUACCAGUACAUGAAGAUGAUCUGGACGAAUUUGCUUUAGACGAUGAAGAAGACAAUCUAGACUUUCAUCCUACUUCACGAACUGAGCUUCGUCAAUUUGCAUACGGUGCACCCGUGCGAACCAAAGCAAAUGAUACAGAUCAACACACAAAUCCAUCAGAUUAUACCACUUCAGUGAAGAAGCGGAGUGGAAGUGGCCAAAGUGAUCGAAAUGAUUAG